UCCUCCAGUCAGUGUCCGUCCCCAGCAGACCACCCACACCCGCCUCUCCUCGCUCUCCUGCCGGCCUCUCCUCGUCUAUUCGCCCCCGCUGCAGGAUGAGCGCAGACGGCUGCUUUCUGUCCGCCUUGCCGCCCAACUCCUCCCGGACAGCCUACGUGGUUCCCUCCGAUGGUCUGUGCUCGGACGCGGGGGCCAAGGCCCGGAGGGUCCAGGAGCAGGUCCGACUGCGACUGGCCGAGAAGAAGUGCUCGUCUCUGCCCAGGUUGGAGGACUCCUUGCUCGGACCAACAGCAUGUCCAGAGUACACCCUCCCGGCUGCAAGAGGCUUCAGUUCCAGAUCAAUGAUACACACGCCGAGCCGCGUCAUGGCUGUAGCCACAAUGCCUUCCUCGGGGUUCUCCUCCCGCUCUGCUGUGGAGCCGUCCUCCAGGGUGAGAGCCAGCGUGGCCCAGGGCAGCUUCCAGUCCACGCAGACUCACAGCAGAAGCAGACGCACCAAGUCGCUGUGCCAGGCGGAUCACGGCGGGCCUCUUCUGUCCGUCAUGGUUCCCUCGGAGAACAUCCCGCCUCCCUCCGGCACCUUGAGGCGCACCCUCAGCGGGACCCUGGCCCAGGGGCGGGGCUACUGGCAGGAGGAGGAGCCGCCGCCGCCGCUCCACUUCACCUACAAGGGCCCCUCCCACCGCACCAUCAGCCGCAUCACCAACCGCCAGCAGCAGCACUACCAGCAGCACAACUCCGGCUACGGCCAGGACGGGUGGGACGGAUGGGCGGGCUCGCCACGAGGGGACGGAUGGGCGGGCUCGCCACGAGGGGACGGAUGGGCGGGCUCGCCACGAGGGAACGGCUGGGCGGUGUCGGCCCGAGCGGAUGGCUGGGCGGGGCCGCAGUGGCACGUGCCGAGGACCAGCCUCAGUUCGGGGAUGGGCCAGUACCAAUCCCUGCAGCAUGCCGCCUCCAUGCAGCGGGGGUCCAUGCAGCGAUCCUCCAUGCAGCGAGCGCCAUCCCUACGCAGCGUCAGGAGCGUCGGGAAGGGAAUGGACGUCAUGGAUGGAGCGUCCAUACACAGCAACGACCAUCUGGAGGGCAUGCACGGCCUGGACAUGCACACGGCUGUCAGGUAUUUGUCCGAGCCGGACGCCGCCUUGCAGAUCCUUGGUGCCGCCUACAUUCAACACCAGUGUUACCAUAGCAACGAUGCCAAAAACCAGGUCCGAGUUCUGCAAGGUAUUCCCGCUCUGGUCCAACUCUACCCAAGUGAGAACCUGGAAGUGCAGCGUUUUGCCACCGGCGCCACGCGGAACAUCAUCUACGAGAACACGGACAACAAGGCGGCGCUCAUCGACGCAGGGGGCGUGGCCCGUCUGGUCAGCGUCAUGAGCGAGCCUGACGAGGAGCUCCGAAAGAACAUCACAGGCGUUCUGUGGAAUCUGUCGUCCAGAGACAACCUGAAGGAGAAACUGUGCAGAGAAGCUUUGGGUGACCUCAGCAACAAAGUCCUGAUUCCUCUCUGUGGAAGCAUCCCGCUCAGCCCGUCUGAGAAGGACGUCUUCAGCAACGCCACAGGUUGCUUCAGAAACCUGAGCUCAGUGAAUCAGAGGACCAGAGAGAAGAUGAGAGACACUUCAGGUCUUGUAGACUCUCUGGUCUCCUACAUCCAACAGGAAGUGAGUGCAGAGGACAAGGGGUUGGAGAACUCCCUGUGCAUUUUGAGGAAUCUGUCCUACCAGCUGUACUCAGAGCUCCCGACCUCAGUCCGCAUCCGCCUGGAGGGUCCGACGAGGGGCUCGGCCCCCAAGAACAGCGAGGCCAUUGGCUGCUUCACCAUGUACAGCAAGAAGAGCUCGGAGCAACAGCGCAAUCAGAGUCUGGCCAUCCUGUCUGAGGUGUCCCGGGAGCCGAGGGGCGCGGAGUGGCUGUGGCACCCCACGGUGGUGGCCCUGUACAAGCAGGUCCUGCAGAACAGCGAGAGCAGCUCCAUCAGCAAAGAAGCGGCCAUCGGAGCCCUGCAGAACAUCACGGCGGGAGACGGCAGGUGGGCGUCGGUGCUGAGCAUGGUGGUGUUGGAGCAGGAGAGGAUGCUGCCAACCCUUUUGGACCUGUUAGACACCCAGAACGAGGCGGAGCUGCGACCUCUGACCGCCCUGCUGAGGAACCUGGCCAGACACGCCCCCAACAAGGACCUCAUAGCCAAGAACAUGGUCAACGUCCUCGUGUCCAAGCUGCCCAGCGACGGCCUCCAGAAGACACCGUCCAGCGAGGUGGUGGUCAACAUCUGCGGCGCCCUCAACCACCUGGUCACCUGCAGCUCGCUGGCAGCGCGCGACAUCUCGUACUUCAACGGCCUCCCGAAGCUGGUGGGCAUCAAGUCGUCCCAUGACAACAGCUCCGGAGGUCUCAAGGCUGCCAGAGCUGCUUCCACUGUCCUCUGCAACAUGUUCCAGUACAGCAAGCUGCACAAAGACUACAAACUGAAAGGAUUCGCUCGUCGGGACUUUGCUGACGCCGCCAUCUAAAGUGCUCGUUUGAGUCGUCUCUGCGUGCAAACGCACAGGAGGAAGCGAGAUGAUGAUCCAAACAUGACCUAACCACAGGAAGAGACUAACUAAAUGUGGAUCCAAGCCAACAGAACCGUUUUUUGUUUUUUGUUUUUUUUAAACCGGACUGAGGAUAACUUUUUCAAACCACUCUUAUUGUUUUUAAAAGGUCAAAGGUUCCUGUUUUCCAUUACAGCACUCAUGCUUCCAUACUUAUUAUGCUUAGCAUUUGAAGUGUUUAUUAUGCAGUGCACUCACCACACCACACGUUUGGAGCUUAACUACCCUUAAUUGUCAACAUUUGUGUUCCAUAGCAGAAGAACUAAUCAGUUUGGAACACAUCCGCACGCUCAGGAAUGAAGUCGACAGUGUACAUAGUAUUACUGACGUCAUUACUUACUAAAACAUGUCUUUUUCUCUGGGCGACUGAACGAUGCAGUGUGCAUGCCGGGCCACUAGAGGGCGGUGUCAUGUCAUACGCAUCACCAAGUGUAUUAUCAGGAAGGUAAACAAGUCGACUAAAGUGUUGUUUGCAAGUGUGAUGGCGGACUGGAGAAUGUAAGUAUUGACGAGGCAAGUGUUUACCAACUAACUGGAACAUGUUUGAUUUAAAAAAAAAAGUUAGCGCUUUGGACUUAAAAGCGCUCUAUUGGCGUCUUUUAGAGCGUCGUCAUUGUUGUGUGACGUCACGUCUGAGUCAGCAACUUCAGAGCUGAUUUCAAUCAACUUUUCCUCCUCCGGAGUUAAUAAUUUACGCGUCUCGCUUUUUUUUUUGGACUGCAUAAGUGUUGGAAAGUUAUGUACUAUUCAGUGUCCGCCUUCAGAAGGGGUGAUGUCACUUAACAAAUUAACCAAACUCAUAAAGAACUGUCCUGACGCCAUUUUGUUGUAUAUGAUCCUUAACAUCUCCAUCAUCUAAAGUCCUGCUUGUGUAGUUAUAUAUUUUUUUUUUAGGAAACUAAACCUUCAUUAAUAAUAAAUAAAAAAUAAA